AUGCCUGUUCUGAUGGACUCAGCAGGCAAGGACCAGUUCAACAAGCUGUCAGAUGACUUCAUGCUCUGGUUGAAGCGGAGCAGCCCUAACUUCAAAGUGCAUCCCGACAUCCGUAUCACUGAUUUGAGGUCUAUUGGAGCAGGGAGAGGCAUCUGUCAUCUGAUUGCUGACGCCUGGGAACUAGGCGCUGUGAGAGAUAUAGCCGAAGACGAAGAACUCUUUGUUAUCCCGGAAGAUUUGAUCCUCAGCGUAGAAAACUCGAAAGCAAGAGAAGCUCUAGGCUUAAAUGAGACACAACUCGGGCCCUGGCUAUCGCUAAUCAUCGUCAUGAUUUACGAGUACUACCAAGGCGAGCAAUCGAGAUGGGAACCGUAUUUCCAUAUCCUUCCUACGAGUUUCGAUACGUUAAUGUUCUGGACAGAGGCUCAACUGCAGGAACUUCAAGGUUGUGCAGUUGUUGAUAAAAUUGGCAAGUCUGCAGCUGAUGAGGCCAUCCUCCAAAAGGUUGUCCCGCUGAUACAGGCCAACCCUCAUCACUUCCCGGCCAGAUCUGGUAUGCCUCCACUUGAUAGCAAUGAUGCUUUACUUUGCUUAGCGCAUCGUAUGGGUAGCCUCAUCAUGGCAUACGCGUUUGACAUAGAGAAAACUGAAGGAGCGGACGAUGAUGCGGCUGAAGACGGCUAUAUGACCGAUGAUGAGGAUGAGCCGGCCAAAGGUAUGGUGCCUCUAGCUGAUAUAUUCAAUGCAGAUGCACAGAGGAAUAAUGCACGCCUCUUCCAAGAAGAAGGGUCAUUCGUGAUGAAGGCUAUCAGGAAUAUACAAGCCGGUGAGGAGAUCUUUAAUGACUAUGGUGAACUCCCGAGAGCGGAUCUCCUUCGGCGAUACGGUUAUGUCACCGAUAAUUAUGCCCAAUACGACGUGGUUGAGUUUUCUUUGGACAGCAUUUGCAAUGCCGCAGGUUUACCAGACAGUCAUCCUGGACCCUCUAACCCCCAACUUGAACUCCUAGACAAUCUCGGUCUGCUCGAAGACGGAUACAGUAUUCCCCGAAUAUCGGAUUCCGAGUCGUUGAAUGACGCAAUACCAGAGGAUUUCCUUAUUCUUCUUAACACCUUGACCUUACCGGUAGCGAAUCUAAAUGAUCUCAGGGCGAGAAACAAAGCCCCAAAGCCAGAGUUUUCUGCCGCUUCUGCGGCUGUGCUCUUGCCUUUAGCUGUCCAACGCCUAUGCGAAUACCCUACUACAAUUCAGAGUGAUAAAAAAAUGCUUCAAUGCCUCGAACAAAACUUCAACCCCAAUGAUUCAAACUCUCGCCGUAUGAAAAUGGCAGUGCAGGUAAGGAUGGGAGAAAAAGAAAUUCUUGCUCAAGUUUUGAGACAAUUGGACACCUACCCGAUGCAUCAAGGCCACAGUGGAUCAACUAAACAUGCAAUGACGAACGAUGAAUACACCUCCAAGAGGCAAAGACAACUUUGA